CCGAAACUUGACUACGCACCAACCCCGCGUUUCGACUAUAUAAAAACGUGUUAAGCUGUCCGAAAAAUAAUUAAUUAGAAUUUCUUCAUAUUUUCUGUCAAGGUCAAUUAUUAAAGUUGAAAAUUUAGAAUGAAGAAGAAUGUGAAGCAGCCAUGAGCCAUGUUUUGUGUGAGCAGCUGGGGAGCCUAUUUGUGGCUCACCGGACUGCUCGGGAUAUCCGUUGCAUUACCUCCUGUUGUAAAAAUAGGGGCAAUAUUUACAGAGGAUCAGAGAGACGGUCCGACCGAGUUGGCUUUCAAAUACGCCGUGUAUAAAAUAAAUAGAGACAAAGCGCUGCUUCCGUAUACAUCUCUGGUGUACGAUAUCCAAUACGUGCCCCGGGAUGACAGCUUUCACGCCAGUAAGAAAGCUUGCCACCAAGUUCAACAUGGCGUGCACGCAAUGUUCGGUCCCUCUGAUCCGUUACUUGGUGCCCACAUUCAUUCAAUUUGCGAUGCCUUAGACAUUCCCCAUUUAGAGGCGCGUUUAGAUCUAGAGACUGACGUACGAGAAUUUUCUAUAAAUUUAUACCCUGCCCAGCAACUUCUCAAUACUGCCUUUCAGGAUGUCAUGGCUUUUCUUAAUUGGACCAAAGUUGCCAUUAUUUAUGAAGAGGACUAUGGUUUAAUAAAACUUCGAGAACUAGUACGGUCUCCACACAGUCGUGAUUUCGAAAUCCACCUUCGGCAAGCAGAUCCCGAGUCUUAUCGGGCCGUGUUAAAGGAGAUUAAGAGCAAGGAAAUAAACAACAUUGUAAUUGACACCAAAUCCUCCAAUAUGCAACAUUUACUUAAAGGGAUACUACAACUCCAAAUGAAUGAUUACAAGUACCACUAUCUUUUCACAACGUUCGAUAUUGAAACUUUCGACCUGGAGGAUUUUAAAUACAACUUCGUUAACAUGACGGCCUUUCGAGUCGUAGAUAUAGACGAUUUAGCAGUUAAGGAUGUGCUGCGGGACAUGGAAAAGUUCCAGACUAGCAUUGAUGCUCCACCCAUAAACUCUUCCUUUAUUGAAGCAGAGGCAGCUUUGAUGUAUGACUCUGUUUUCGUUUUUGCCAUUGGUCUACAAACUCUUGAACAAUCACACACCCUUAAGUUAUCAAACGUCUCCUGCGACAAAGAGCAACCCUGGGAUGGUGGUCUUAGUCUUAUUAACUACAUUAACGCUGUGGAGUUUAAAGGAUUAAGUGGACCAAUUGAAUUUAAGGAAGGUCACAGAAUCAAGUUUAAAUUGGACUUAUUAAAACUCAAACAGCACGCUUUGGUUAAAGUUGGUGAAUGGCAUCCUACUGCUGGGGUCAACAUUACAGAUCGAGAGGCUUUUUUCGAUCCUGGCACUAUGAACGUAACACUUGUUGUUACUACUAUAUUAGAAAUACCGUAUAUGAUGAUGCACAUGGGUAAGAACUACACUGGUAAUAACAGGUUUUAUGGGUUUUGUGUCGAUAUCCUGGAUAAAAUUUCAAAAGAAGUGGGAUUCGAAUAUCUCAUAGAUUUAGUGCCUGAUAGAAAAUAUGGUGCAUGCGACCCAGAAACUGGCUUAUGGAAUGGCAUGGUUUUGCAACUAAUGCAGCAUGAGCAGCCCUACGUAAUGUUAAAACAACAAAUAGUUGGUAAUGAUAGAUACGAGGGCUUCUGCAUAGAUUUAUUAAGAGAAAUUGCUUCCAUGGUAGGCUUUGAGUAUCGCAUAGAAUUAGUACCAGAUGGUAAAUACGGUGUAAUAGAUUUGGAUACUGGGGAUUGGAAUGGAAUAGUUCGACAGCUAAUAGAUAGGAAAGCUGACUUGGCUGUCGGAUCGAUGACCAUAAAUUAUGCUAGAGAGAGCGUUAUAGACUUUACGAAACCCUUUAUGAAUUUGGGUAUUAGCAUUCUUUUUAAGGUGCCAUCCAGUCCUCAAGCAAGACUGUUUUCAUUCAUGAAUCCAUUGGCCAUGGAUAUUUGGUUAUAUGUAUUUUCUGCAUACGUCCUCGUAUCAAUAACGAUGUUCGUAGUAGCUAGAUUUUCACCCUACGAAUGGCACAAUCCACAUCCAUGCGAAGUAGAGAACGAAUUAGUUAAGAACCAAUUUUCUAUGGCAAAUUCGUUUUGGUUUACUAUAGGAACUUUAAUGCAACAAGGUUCUGAUCUAAAUCCGAAGGCUACUUCAACUAGAAUAGUUGGAGGGAUUUGGUGGUUUUUUACUUUAAUAAUAAUUUCUUCGUACACUGCUAAUUUGGCGGCUUUCCUAACAGUUGAACGGAUGAUUACACCCAUUGAAAAUGCAGAAGAUUUAGCAGGACAAACUGAGAUUUCAUACGGAACUCUGGAAAGUGGCUCAACAAUGACUUUCUUUAGGGAUUCAAUGAUUGAAACAUAUAAGAAAAUGUGGCGAUUUAUGGAAAAUCGGAAACCUUCAGUGUUUGUGCCGACUUACGAAGAAGGAAUUCAAAGAGUUCUCGAAGGAAAUUACGCUUUUUUGAUGGAGUCCACCAUGUUGGAUUUUGUUGUUCAGAGGGACUGUAACUUAACACAAAUCGGAGGUUUGUUAGAUUCCAAAGGAUAUGGAAUAGCCACACCAAUGGGGAGUCCUUGGAGAGAUAAAAUUUCCCUUGCCAUAUUAGAAUUGCAGGAAAAGGGGGAAAUUCAAAUGCUUUAUGAUAAAUGGUGGAAAAAUACUGGAGAAACUUGCUCAAGAAAUGACAAAGGAAAAGAAUCAAAAGCCAAUUCAUUGGGUGUUGAUAAUAUUGGGGGUGUAUUUGUGGUUUUGUUGUGUGGACUAGCAUUUGCUGUUAUUAUAGCCAUUUUUGAAUUUUGCUACAAUUCAAAGAAAAACGCUGUGACAGAAAAGAGAUCACCCAGUGGCCCCCACCAAUCAUUGUGUUCUGAAAUGGGCGGCGAACUUUGUUUUGCUUUAAGGUGUAGAGGAUCCAGGCAAAGGCCAGCUUUAAGAAGACAGUGCUCCAAAUGUUUGCCAGGAGUUACUUAUGUGCCUGCCUUGCUGGAUAUACCACCCUAUCCCCCUCAACCACCUCAAAGAAACCCACCGAGUAAUGGUCUCUCGCCGAGACUGCAGCACCAAGAAGGAUCAUAUAGAGAUUCCCUUCAAUUUUCAAUGGAACCACCUUCACCAACUCGCCAAAUUGAUUGUAUUAAUUAAUAAUAAUAAUUUUAAUUUCUUUUAAUUUUUAUAUUUUACAAAUAAAUCAAAAUAACAUUAUAAAAAUUAGCUCUAAGAUUACUUUUCAUAUUUUUAGUACCUAAUAAAUUAAGUAGGUACUAUAUACAUAAAACAAAUAUAAUAAUUUUAUUUAAAUUAACGUUAUAGUUAUAAAAAAAAUUAUUAUAUAUAUAAAAUAAAACCAUAAUUUAUAAAAAAAAAUUAACAGUCGCAUGUGGAACCUGGUAAUGAUCCCAGAAUAGUAGUUUCUGUACGGCCCUUUCUAUGGUACAAGGAACAGCCUCACUUAUUCAUCCAUCACAUAAUAACAGCAGUAACUAUUACAUGACAAAUAAAAAAAUACAUACAUUAAGUUUUAAAAUUUUAUUUUUUAUAACAGUUAAAUAUUAGAAAAGAAUAUUAGUGAAGAAACAACAAAUUGAUGUAAUUUAGCAACUAGAUAAAAACAAUUAAAUGAAAUUACUAAAAGCAUCUGUAGGUUCCAAAUAUAUUUAAGCACAAAGUAAUAAAACACCACUUAAAAAUUUAAAGUCGCAAAAAUACAGCCAAAAAUAUAAGCUGGGGUCAGUAGCUGCCCAUGUGCGACUUUUAAUCAAAAUAAAACUUAAAUAUUUUUAGUUUUAAUUGACUUCAUAAUACAAUAAAAAUAAUCCCCUAGAAUUUUAAAAGCAUGCUUGUAUAUACGCACGUAUUUUAUAGCUGAU